UCCAGGUAAAAGCUUUCUCUAUUUGAAAUGUAAAAUGUGUUUUCCAACGAAUGAGUGCAGUGAAAGUGUCGAUUUGAGCAAGUUUCGUGGUGCAUGUGGGCGGGCCCACACUCUGCUCCCGCCCCUCUCUGCAGCCUCUCACAAGUGGGAAGGCUAGCUCUGGGCAUGCGCAGUUGUCAAAACGGGGAUUUUGGUGGGGUCGAGACGAGAAAGACAGAAGAUCCAGACCGUGCAGAGGAAAGGUGAUCAGCCCCAAAGUGAAGUUUGCAUCCCGAGCUACCAAAAUGAACGUUGUCUCAGAGAGAGGACCGCCAUGCUCCCCCUGGUCCUCCUGGUCCUGCUGGUCCUGGUUGGCAUCCCUGCUGGUGCUGCCGGUCCUCUCUUCCUCCUACUCCUCUUCCUCUUCCCCCAAGUACCAGAGAGCCGCUGCAGCCGGCGGGAGUCGAGCGGGCUUCCUGGGAAGGACGCUGGUUCUGCUGGACGUCAACACUCGCAGUCCGAUCCGAGUCCUCAACGACAACUUCCUGUCCUUGCAGUUGGACCCGUCAAUCAUCAGGGACGGCUGGCUGGACUUUCUCAGUUCCAAGCGUCUGGUGACCCUGGCGCGAGGUCUGUCCCCGGCCUACCUGCGCUUUGGCGGGAAGCGGACCGACUUCCUGCACUUUAACAACCAGAAGAACCUGGCUAAAUUCCGGGGGCCGGGACCCGACUACUACCUGAAGAACUACGAGGACGAUAUAGUGCGCAGUGACAUUGCACUGGACAAGCAGAAUGGUUGCAAAGUGGCUAACCACCCUGAUAUCAUGCUGGAGUUGCAGAGAGAGAAAGCUGCAAGCACACAGCUGGUCCUGCUGAAAGAGCAAUUGUCCAACAUCUACAGCAACAUCACAAUACCAGCCAGGUCUUUAGACAAAUUGUACAACUUUGCCGACUGUGCUGGUCUGCACCUGAUUCUUGGCCUCAACGCGUUGCAAAGAAACCCUGACAACUCCUGGAACACCUCCUCCACGUUGAGCCUCCUCAAGUACAGCGCUGGCAAGAAAUACAACAUCUCCUGGGAGUUGGGCAACGAGCCCAAUGCGUACCGCAGCAUGGUGGGCCGCACGGUCAACAGCACCCAACUGGCUCAGGACUAUGCAAAGCUACGAACCCUUCUCCAGUCUGUACGUUACUACAACCGAGCUCACCUUUAUGGCCCAAAUGCUGGAAGACCUCGGAGGAAUGCUAUCCUUCUUUUGGAUGGAUUCAUGAAGAAUGCUGGCUCCGUUGUUAAUGCAGUUACGUGGCAACAUUAUUUCCAGGAUGGCAGGGUGAAAAAUGUGGAGGAUUUCUUAAAAACACGUUUGUUGGAUACACUGAGAGACCAGAUCACUAAAGUGGCCAAGGUUGUGAGCACACAUACUCCCGGUAAGAAGGUGUGGCUGGGUGGACUCGGUCCAGCAUGGGCAGGAGGCAUCAGUAAUCUGUCAGACACAUACGCUGGUGCUUUCCUGUGGGCUAACACACUGGGAAUGGCUGCUGUUCAUGGAAUUGACGUCAUUUUACGCCACUCAUUCUUUGAUUAUGGGUACACGCGUCUUGUAGACCAGCAUUUUAACCCCUUACCGGAUUACUGGUUCUCCCUGGUCUUCAAGCGUCUGGUUGGGCCAAGGGUUUUGGCAGUGCGUGUUGCCGGACUGCAAAGAAAGCCCCAACCAGGACGAGUUAUACGAGACAAACUUCGCAUUUACGCCCACUGUACCAGCUACUCCAAUCACAACUAUGGAAGGGGCUCUAUCACGAUCUACAUCAUCAACCUGCAUCGAUCACGGAAGAAAAUUAAGUUGGCAGGGACGCUUCGGAACAAGACGGUGCAUCAAUAUCUCUUGCAGUCCUAUGGCAACGACGGACUCAGAGCCAAACACGUGCAGCUGAACGGUGACAAGCUGUUCAUGCUGGACAAUGAGACAUUCCCAGAGUUGAAGCCCAAAACUUUGAGGGCGGGACGGACGAUAGCCAUGCCUCCCAUGACCAUUGGCUUCUACGUCGUGAAAAACAUUAACGCCUACGCCUGCCGAAGAUAACAUAGACUCACCCUUUUUUUUCUUUUUUUUAUGAGGCCCAAAGCUAUGAACUUUAUUCUAUAAGAGACCUCAUUUGUUUGGUUCUCCCCUGCAAGACAAGGGUGGACACAGUGGACAGUUCCAGUAAGACAUCUUUCUUGGUCCCCGUUUCACUUAGACUUUCUUUAAAGGGGAACUGCACCUUAUUUGGAAUUUUACAAUCCUUAUGAGACAAGAAAACAUGUUUUUGUUUUGUUUUUGCAUUCUAAUUUGUCAACUCAAAGUGGCUAGCAGUGCAGCUAACGGGAACAAUCCAUUCUGCCUUGAAAUCACUCCAAAAACGCAUCCAAAAACCGCCAACCAAUACUUACGUUCCAUAACCUUUAUAAAAACCAAGCUGUAGCAACAUUGUUAUUGUAAGAGUGAACACUGAGGAAGUAUUUUUCUACGACAUGCAAUGGUAUUAGCCGUAAGCUAGCUUCUGCGUCAACAGCUGAAUCGCUUUUGCGUUUGUAAUGCACAACACAAUGCGAUAGGACACCUGAAAAACGUGAACAAUCAUACUACAGUAUCUGUAAAGUAUUAGCCCAUAUUUCAUGUUUUGUUAGUACACAGCUAGCUCGACAGCGUAUGUAGUAGUACUAACAAGCAUGAAGUGCUGCAUGUAUCAUGAUCAAUAUUUUAGUGACUUACUUGAUGGACAGUUGUCCAUUUGGUCAAGCUGGUCGGGGAUGUUUUCUUCCAGUUGACUGGAAAGAAGUUCUGGUAAUGCUUAAAAUGACCAAAUACGGUAAAUACAGUGACAAUCUACAAAGUAAAUAGUCAUGAAAAUAAAGAAAACACAUUGAAAUGAGAAGGUAUUGUGAAGGACAUAAUGUCAUGGCUGUCUUGAGUUUCCAAUC